AUGCACAAUGCUCUCCCCCUCCUCCUCCUCUUGUCCCCCCUCGCAACAGGCACCACGCCCCCAGUCGUCGUGCACACCUGGGGCGGCCCCUUCACCGUCGCCGCCGACGCCGCUCACCACGCCCUCAUCAACUCCCAGUCCGUCCUAGACGCCGUCCAAAUCGGCGGCGCAGCCUGCGAAAACAACCAAUGCGACGGCACAGUAGGCUACGGCGGCUCGCCCUCGGAGAACUGCGAGACCACCCUCGACGCCAUGAUCAUGGACGGCAACACCCUCAACGUCGGCGCCGUAGGGGCCCUGCGUCGCGUCAAGGACGCCAUUGCCGUCGCGAGGCACGUCCUCGAAUACACAGGCCACACGAUGCUUGUCGGGGACUCUGCCACCCGCUUCGCCGCCCAGAACGGCUUCGAGGAGGAGGACCUGGCCACAGACCGGUCCCGCGACAUGUGCGACCAGUGGAAGCGGAACCAAUGCCAGCCCAAUUCGUGGAUCGGCGUGGUUCCUGAUCCCAGGAGUUCGUGUGGUCCCUAUACGCCAUUGAGGAAUGGCGCUUCAGGGACGACGACGCCAAGGGAAGACGGGGCGGAUAUCAGGGGACGAGGCCAUGAUACAAUUUCACUUGUUGCUCUGGGCAAGGACGGCAGCAUGGCCGCGGGGACCACUACAAACGGAAAGGCAUACAAGAUCCCGGGAAGGGUCGGCGACGGUCCCAUCACAGGCAGUGGCUCAUACGUCGACAGCCAGGUUGGGGGGUGUGGCGCUACCGGUGAUGGGGAUCUCAUGAUGCGGUUUUUGCCGUGCUACCAGGCUGUGGAGAGCAUGAGACAAGGCAUGUCGCCGGCCGCAGCUGCCGAGGACGCCGUGAGACGAAUGGUCAAGAGAUUCCCCAACAUCCAGACCGGCGUGGUUGUCAUGAACAACAAGGGCGAGCACGCCGGGGCGGCGAGUGGUUGGCAUUUUACCUAUUCGUUUCGCGGCCAAGGCAUGGAAAAGACGCACGUCGUUCAAGUUGACCCAAUAAACGGUCAUCAUGGCAUGUCAUUAGAGCUUUGA